AUUUAUUGAUAUAUUUUCGAUGCAAACUAUUAAAAAGUGCACCAGAAAUGUAUAGAAUAAUAAACUAUCUAAUUUUAGAAUAGUAAUGUUUCAAUAAGAAAAUAUUUCAGCAGAAGCUAUUCAUGAAAAAGAAAUCAUACAAUUAGUAAAUUUAGAAGGAAUGAACUUCAACAUAAAAACAAUUAUUCCAUGAAAUUGUUUAAAAUAGUACUCUAAUAUUAAAAUCAAUAGGUGAUACUAAAAUUUAGAGGAUUUAUAGUCAAAAGAAAGAUCCUUACAAUUAGUAUAAAUAAAAUUAUAUUUGUGUGAUUUAUUU